AUCUCAUCUCUCCGACGUUAGAUUACUGGGCAUUCAACCGAAAGUUUCCCUAAUGUACGAUAACCCUUGACCUCGUCCGGAUCCCUUUUCAAGUUAAAACGUGAUGUGAUAAGCCUCAAGUGUCAUGUGAUUUACAGCUGUUCAAAAUGGCGACACCAAGUUUACCCCGUAUCUUGCCAUGUUUAGAUGUAACUGAUAUAAGAUUUGAUUCGGUUGUGGUGGUAACCGAUUCUAUCAAUAAAUUGACAGAUGACAACUUAAAAUGUCUUGAAGAACCACUACGGAAAUAUUCUAAGCUUGAUGAAUUAUGUGGGAAAUCUGUUGUUUUGGUACAUACUGAGAAUAUUCCAUCCAACAGAUUGAUAUUUUCACCGACCGGAAAAUUAAAUCGUGAUUAUGAUGAUGUAAGAAGUUUUGCUGAUGCAGCUGUAAAGGGAAUAAAGAGAGCACGAGAAGCAGGAAGUAUAUCACCAUUGUUAGUUCGACCAAUUGAUGAUAGUUUCCCUAAAGCUGGUUUAGUAGCAACACUUGGUGCUUUACAUGAUCUCUAUGUGCCUCUAGAGAUAAGGGAAACUGUAUUUGAAAAGAGAACUAAAGUGGAAUCCCUUGGUAUAUGGUGUAAUAAUGAAGCUCGACUUAAAGCUGGGAUUGAAAUUUCAUCAGCUAUAGAAUUAGGAAGGAUCAUCUGUCGAGAUAUUGGUGGUUCAGAUCCCGAGAGAAUGGCAGCUCAGAGGGUGGAAGAAUAUGUUUUAGAAGUGUUCAAGGACACAGGAAUAAAUGUAAAUAUUAUUUCUGAUGUGAAUAUGUUUAAAAAGGAAUACCCACUUUUAGCUGCUGUCAACAGAGCUGCUGAUGUCGUUGAAAGACACAGAGGUAGAAUCAUUUUUCUAGAAUAUGUUGGUGAUGGUUCAAUAGAAAAGACACUCUUCCUUGUUGGCAAGGGUAUAACAUAUGAUACAGGUGGUGCUGAUAUUAAAGCUGGUGGUGUUAUGGCUGGUAUGCAUCGUGAUAAAUGUGGAGCAGCAGCAGUAGCAGGUUUCUUUAAGACUUUAUCUAUAUUAAAACCUAAAGGAUUAAGAGUGGUAGGUGGAAUGGCAAUGGUUAGAAAUAGUGUAGGAGAAGAAUCGUAUGUAGCAGAUGAGAUUAUAACAUCACGAGCUGGUGUACGAGUACGUGUUGGUAAUACAGAUGCUGAAGGUAGAAUGGUCAUGGCUGAUUUAUUGUGUAAAUUUAAAGAAAUGGCUUUAGAAGCUGUCAACCCAGAACUGAUGACUAUUGCUACUUUAACUGGUCAUGCUGUCCGUGCCAUGGGCACACAUUAUACAAUUAUAAUGGAUAAUGGUCCAGCUAAAUUGCUGCAGACUGCUCAAACUGUCCAAACAGUGGGUGAUAUUUUUGGUGAUCCAUUUGAAAUCUCAACAAUCCGAAGAGAGGAUUAUGAUUUUAUAGCUGGUAAAUCAGAAUAUGAAGAUGUAUUACAGUGUAAUAACCAGGCAUCAAGUGCUACUCCAAGAGGUCAUCAGUUUCCUGCAGCGUUUUUAAUCAGAUCUUCUGGUUUAGAUAAGCAUGGUAUAGAUUCAGAUAAACCAAUACCAUAUUCCCAUCUUGAUAUAGCUGGUUCAUCUGGUCCUUUUCCAGGCGUACCAACUGGUGCCCCAUUACCAGCACUUACAGCGAAAUAUAUCUUAAACAGACUUCAAUAAAAUGUCAUUUACAAAAGUUUACUAGUGUAUAAGGAAAAAAUAUAUUAUUUUCUUCUUUGAUUAUUGAGUACCAAAUUGAUCUAGUCAGAUUAGAUUUAUUGUACAUUAGUUAUUAUACCUUCUCAAUAUUUCAAAAUUUUCUGUCAUCUAUAAACACUAAAUCGUUAUAUGUGUAUGAUUCAAUAAAAUGUCAUUUACAAAAGUUUACUAGUGUAUAAGGAAAAAAUAUAUUAUUUUCUUCUUUGAUUAUUGAGUACCAAAUUGAUCUAGUCAGAUUAGAUUUAUUGUACAUCAGUUAUUAUACCUUCUCAAUAUUUCAAAAUUUUCUGUCAUCUAUAAACACUAAAUCGUUAUAUGUGUAUGAUUCAAACUUUAAUGCCUUUAAUUGAUAAAGAUAAAAAAAAACUUGCAUAAUGUGUAUUUUUACUUUUUGUAAUCUAUUAUAUUUUCACA